AUGCAAACCAAGACAGAGGUAGAGGAGGCCAGCCGGAGACGGGCCAGCCCCAGCCGUCGUGUGUUGGACGCUCUGCUGUUGUGCACUGGGGAUAUGGAGCACUUGGAUGAGCAAAUGAAGGAAAAGUCAUUUGUGCUGCAGCUGGCCAUGUGGGGCCUGAGAGGGGUUUCCAGAGUGAUUCUGGCCAACAACCCGCUGAGUGGUGCUCUCAUCCUGGCUGCGCUGUACUGGGCUUCCCCCUGGCAGGGCCUGCUGGGAACUCUGGGUAUACUGGCCUCAACACUAACAGCUGUUAUCAUGGGACAAGACAGUGCUGAGGUGUCAGGAGGUCUCCAUGGCUUUAACGGCAUGUUGGUGUCUCUGCUGAUGGGAGUGUUUAGCUCGGCUGGGGACUGGUACUGGUGGCUUCUGCUGCCUGUCUGCUUGUGUUCAGCGACCUGUGUCUUUCUGUACAGUGGUCUCACCUCACUGUUGGUCCACUGGGACUUACCUGUCGCUGUGUUUCCAUUCAACAUCAUCAUCCUCCUCUACCUCCUUUGUACGGGCCCGAACAAUCCCUAUUUUCCUCACCACCCGGCUGUGCCACCAGGGGUGCUGCAACCUAAUGGCACCAAUGUCAUGGCAGUGGAGGUGUUGUAUGGCAUCCCUCUUGGUGUGGGUCAGAUCUUUGCCUGUGACGCGAUGGGACCCUCCCUUCUCAUCCUGGGAGCCGUUGUGCUCUACUCCCCGCUGCUGGCCGCCCAUGCUCUGCUUGGAUCAGCAGUCGGCACGCUGGCUGGUUUAUCCAUGGCGGUGAGUCAUGCUUCUCUGUACUCGGGUCAGUCUGGGUUUAAUGGAGCUCUGGGCUGCAUGGCUGUUGGAGGACUCUUCUUCACCUUCAGCUGGACGACCCACCUCUUCGCCAUUGCCAGCGCCUUCCUCUCUGCAUAUGCUGACAUCGCUCUGGGAAACCUGCUGGGAACUGUGGGUCUCCCAGCAUGCAGCUGGGCAGCUACUCUGACAGCUACAUUGAUGUUGCUGCUGACUGGCAGUUUAGCAGCAUACAGCAUCCCUAUUGAAAAGGUCAAGGCCCCUGAACACAACCUGAACUCUGGCCGCCGCCAGCGGACAGCCGGGAUCACCCUAGAAAGCGACAGCAUUGUGUAG